GUUGAUUCAAUCGGACGGUGGGAAGCAGGACCGAUCCAGGCUGGCGUCGGUCGAUGCGGCUGCUCCCUCACGCCGGCGCCACCAUCUCCUCCGCCGCCUCCGUCGCUGCCAGCUCACCCUCCGCCGCACGAGCUCCUUGCCGACCGUGUGCGCACGGCCCGACGGCUUCCCGGCAUGCUGCGUGCCGUGCUCCGGUGAGGCACUCGCGUGGCAAAACACACACACACACACACACACACACACAAAGGGAGAGAAAGACGGACACCCCCCCGCGCGGAACGCCAAUGCCAGCGGCGGCGCUGCCCCGUGGCGUCCAGGCGGUGCUGGUGACCUCCGGCCAACUCCGCAACCUCGACCCGCAGCUCCAGGUGCCCCCGCUCCUCCUCGCCAACACCCUCAUCGCCGCCUUCUCCCGCGCCGCACUCCCUCGCCUCGCCUUCCCACUCCUCCGCCACCUCCUGCGCCGCGCCCGCCCCUUCCGCCCCGACGCCUUCACCUUGCCGCCGCUCAUCCGCGCGGCCCCGGCCCACGCCUCCGCCGCGCAGCUCCACGCCUGCGCGCUCCGGCUCGGCCUCCUCCGCCCGUGCGUCUUCGCGUCCGGCUCCCUCGUGCACGCCUACCUCCGCUUCGGCCGCGUGGAGGAGGCCCGCGGGGUGUUCGACGAAAUGCCCGCGCGGGACCUGCCGGCCUGGAACGCGAUGCUGUCCGGGCUGUGCCGCAACGCCCGCGCGGCCGAGGCCGUGCGCCUGCUCGGGCGGAUGGCGGGGGAGGGCGUCGCCGGCGACACGGUCACGGUCUCGAGCGUGCUGCCCAUGUGCGCGCUGCUGGGGGACUGGGUGCUUGCGCUGGUCGUGCACGUGUAUGCGGUGAAGCACGGGCUGGACAAGGAGCUCUUCGUGUGCAAUGCCAUGAUCGAUGUGUAUGGAAAGCUUGGGAUGCUAGAGGAGGCUCGGCAGGUGUUUGAUGGAAUGGAGCGCCGCGAUCUGGUGACAUGGAACUCGAUCAUCUCAGGGUAUGAGCAGGGUGGGCAGGUUGCUGCUGCGGUCAAGAUGUUUCACGGUAUGAGGGACAGUGGGGUUUCCCCUGACGUGCUGACGCUUGUGAGCCUGGCGUCUGCUGUCGCACAGUGUGGAGGUGACUGCGGUGGGAAGUCAGUGCACUGUUAUGUGAUGAGGCGGGGGUGGGAUCUGGGUGACAUAAUUGCAGGGAAUGCUGUGGUUGAUAUGUAUGCCAAGCUAUCAAAGAUUGAGGCCGCCCAGAGGAUGUUUGACACCAUGCCAGUUCGAGAUGCUGUGUCUUGGAAUACUUUGAUCACGGGGUAUAUGCAGAAUGGACUUGCCAACGAGGCAAUUGAGGCGUAUAGUCGUAUGCAGAAUCAUGAGGGUCUGAAGCCUAUUCAAGGGACAAUUGUCAGUGUUUUGCCUGCAUACUCACAACUUGGUGCCUUGCAGCAGGGCAUGCGGAUGCAUGCUCUGUCUGUUAAGACUGGGUUCAAUCUGGAUGUUUAUGUUGGAACUUGUAUGGUAGACUUGUAUGCUAAAUGCGGAAAGCUGGCGGACGCAAUGCUUUUCUUUGAAAAUAUGCCCAAAAGGAGUAGGAGUACAGGUCCCUGGAAUGCCAUCAUGGCUGGCCUUGGAGUUCAUGGGCAUGCCGCAGAGGCUCUCAGUGUCUUCUCACGAAUGCAGCAGGAAGGAGUUAAUCCUGAUCAUGUCACAUUUGUUUCACUGUUGGCUGCCUGUAGUCAUGCUGGCUUAGUUGACCAAGGCCGGAGUUUCUUUGAUAUGAUGCGUGUAACAUACGGCAUUAUCCCCAUUGCAAAACAUUAUGCGUGCAUGGUAGAUAUGCUUGGCAGAGCUGGUCAGCUUCAGGAAGCUUUUGAUUUCAUACACAACAUGCCAAUUAAACCCGAUUCCGCUGUUUGGGGAGCUCUGCUUGGUGCUUGCAGGAUUCAUGGGAAUGUUGAAAUGGGCAAAGUGGCUUCGCAAAACCUAUUUGAACUUGAUCCAGAGAAUGUUGGAUAUUAUGUUCUAAUGUCGAACAUGUAUGCAAAGGUUGGGAAAUGGGAUGGAGUUGACGAAGUGAGGUCUUUGGUCAGACACCAAAAUUUGCAGAAAACCCCUGGAUGGAGUUCAAUAGAGGUGAAAAGAUCAGUGAAUGUGUUUUACAGUGGCAACCAGACAGAACCCCACCCUCAACAUGAAGAGAUCCAGGCAGAGCUGCAGAAUCUGUUGGCCAAGAUGAGAUCUAUAGGUUAUGUUCCGGACUACAGUUUUGUCCUACAGGAUGUAGAGGAGGAUGAAAAGCAACACAUCUUGAAUAAUCAUAGUGAGAGAUUAGCUAUUGCCUUUGGCAUCAUAAAUACUCCUCCAAGAACUCCGCUCCAUAUAUACAAGAAUUUGCGCGUGUGUGGGGAUUGCCACAAUGCCACCAAAUAUAUAUCAAAACUAACUGAGAGAGAGAUCAUUGUCCGGGAUUCAAAUCGGUUCCACCACUUUAAACAUGGUCAAUGUUCUUGUGGGGAUUUUUGGUAAAAUGCAAUAUAAUAUUUUAGUCUACCCCAACUUGCGUGGGGCAAAAGGCUCUGUUUUUGUAUAAUAUAAUAUUUUUGUCUGCACAGCAUGUUUUCUCUAGCUAAGCACCUAGUGAUCGAUUAUGAUGUCAGAAUUCAUGUACUCAAGAGAUUUAGGACUGAACACUGAAGUGAAAUAGUUUACUGAUGUAAAAAAGCAUAUAUAAUUGUUUAGUUAAGCAAAACUCCUCCCAUCUAUUCUUGAAGUUUCUUUAUAUCCUUAGAUAACAGUAGUAUAUUCACUAUAAGCUCUUUUUAGAGGUUAAGAGUGAUGUCUUCCAUGUAACAUAAGCAUCAUUUUAUUUUGUGGUUUGAUUAUAAAUUUCAUCUAUAGGUCCACUCACCAUUUAUUUUAUUCUUUUGGUUCCUAUAAUGUCUCAUGGAUAAAUUUAACUUCCUUGGCACAAAGAUACUCAACCCUGAUUUGAUUUCACAUAUAUUUUGCCAGUGUGGUAUUUAGGAUUUAUGUCACGAUCCAGGAAAUAAAAGCUUCCGCUGUCUAAGGCAAUUUCACGAGGUAUAGGUCAAGUCAAAAUGAUCUACAUGCUUACUGAAUCAAAAGUAGGUCGUCGGAUCGAAUCACAAGGAGAAGCAAGACAAACUAGCAGGCAUGUAAUGUUUAUUUUGCUUUCUGUUGUGUUAUUUUGGUUCAGAUUACAUAUCCUUGCAUUAUAUACAAGUUUCAAUGGAAUAUUGCACUCCUAAAAAUUGUGUUUUGUUAUGCAUGAUGCAGGGUCCAACAGACCCUGUUAUAUGGCAUUUUGAAUCUAGGUGUCCAUCUAUAUGUAUCACUUCUUGAUAUGCUUCUACUGACAAACAGACUACAAAAUGCUUACAUUGAUAGCUACAGUUAUUGUUGCUCUUUUCUUGCAUAUAAGGAAAAAAGCAUUAUGACAGUAGCAUGGCUUGGCCCGGCAGUCAUCAUGCUAGCCUGCUUGGUGUUGUCCCUAAUCUCCACACUGCCUGAAAUGCCAUCUCAUUUUGCCACCAGCCUGGAAGCAACAACAAAACGCGUGUGGAGUGCACUUGCUGUGCGCAUGUACUGUCAACGAGUCGGCUAUCCUUACUGUACUCUGCAGAUGGGUAUUCCUUCCACAUGUUCAUGGAAAUUUCCAGUGACAUUAGUCACCAGGAUUAUGGCCCCUGGCCCUCUACAGUAGCAUCAACAAGGCCACAUAGCCCUCGAUAUGUCAGAAGGUCAGCAGAUGCCACCUUUCAUCCUGGCAUGACUCAUUUGAUUUUUUUUAUUUGUUAUGCCUAAAUUUAUCUGGAAAGAUAUUUCUAACCAUCUUCCGCAAGUUAUUUUUUUAUAAAUGUAAAAAUAGGGAUCUACAUUCUAAUUGAUAGAACAAAAAUCAACUUAAUAUCCUUAGACUAAUGUUAUGUAUGGAAUAUUGUAUAUGGAUUCUAAUCAAGCAAGUCUUUGCUGUUUGCAUAACAGAUAAAGGAAUCAUCUGUGUUGCAAUUUAAAUCAUUGUAAUUAAGUAUUCAUAAAUUUUAAUACUAAUAUUUUCAAAAUCGCUAGCCCACGGUGGCAGAUGCAUCGAAGGAGUAAAUAUACUGACUGUAGUUUCAAGUAGAAAUGACAGCUAAUGUGUCACGCUGGGAACUACAACGAGCUCUUCUCAGUAUGUCUUCUUGCCCUCCUCCCAUCUGCUAAGCAUGACAAUUAUGUCAAGGAGGAUGGGAUGCAAAUCGGCUGGAGAUGCUUUGCGUGUUUGAUGGUAGCAUCACCUGGCGUUCGGAGGCCAAUUAUGAACAAGGUCGCGAGUGAUAUCAUCUCUGUUUUUCAUAUCUUACGUGAAAAAUUGAUGCUAAUAGCACUUAAGUCCUUAUUGUCACGUGUUCUUUAAUGUUUAGCCUGAAAACAAGACUAAUUGUAUCUCUGCUGAUACUACAAAUGUAACUCUUGAUUAUCAUCUUUGGGAUUUUAUAUCUCGUCACUACAUGAAUUUAGGUCCUAUGGUCUUCCCUUUCCAAAUGUUUGCAUUUAGCUAAUGUGCCACCUAAUUGCUGCAGUUAGUCACAUAUGGAACAGCAAUCCGAAAGUUGUAUAUUACAGGAAAUAUUAUCCAUGCUUUGUAGUAUUUUGCAAUGAGGUCAA